AUGCUGGACAGCUCCAACUCCAUGUGGGGUCCGGACUUUCAGAAUCAGCUCGAGUUUGUGGCCGAGGUGGCCCGAAUGUUCGAGGUCGGAUACAACUCUACGCAGGUUGCCUUGGCAACAUUCAACGAAGACGUGCAGCUGCAGUUCAACUUGAAUGAGUAUCACGAUAAAGAGGAGCUCAUUAACGCCAUCACCAGUGUGACCAAGAGACACGGCAUCCAUGUGUUCACCAUCGGAGUGGGGUCGAAGGUCAACGACCUUGAACUCAACCGCAUGGCCAGCUACCCGUCCAAAGAGUACGCUUUUGUCGUCGGAGGCUUCCGUUUCCUGGAUUCCAUCAAGACCAAACUGGCAGUCCAGACGUGCAAAGUUACAACGCCGGUGCCACCUACGACAACAACUACAACAACAACCACGACAACAACCACCACCACACCCACGACCACAACCACCACCACACCCACCACAACCACCACCACACCAACAACCACCACCACAACACCGACGACCACCACCACUACCACUACAAAAAAGCCGACUACAACUACGACUACAACAACUACUACAACGCCUACCACCACGACCACCACAACUCCAAAGCCCACCACAACCACAACCACAACCACCACCACCCCUCCGCCAAAACCGACGAGCUGGGUUCACACCGUGCGCAAAAUUUGCCGCCAGAAGCCUGUGGACGUUGUGUUCGCCCUGGACUCCUCUGACGCCGUUGGCCCCAAAGACUUCUGGUACCAGGUGCGGUUUGUCCGUGACUUCACCAUGGGUCUGGACGUGGGCUACAACAAGACCCGCAUCGGUGCCGUGCUCUACAGUGACUACGUGGUCCCCGGCUUCGACGUGAACGACCACACAAGCCUCACGUCUGCCGUCAGCGACUUGUACAAUAUCAAGCGAAUUUACGGCGGUACCAAUCUGGAUGAGGUCAUCAAAUACGUGCGGACCAAGAGCUAUAGGAGAUCUGUGGCAAGAAGGGAAGCAGCCCAGGUGGGUGUUGGCGAGGGAGUGAACCCGGAAGAGCUGCGUGUGAUCGUCCAGGAGAGCCAGGAGCCCAACUACCUGGACAACUUCUCCCCCUUCCUGUCCGACAAGAGCACCAGACGCCGCCAGCUGUUCACCGUAGACGGGUUUGACAAGCUGGAGAAUAUCGUCAUGGAGGCCACCAUCGAGGCGUGCACAUGUAAGGAACCACAUUAUAGCUAA